UCACCGACAAAGUUUUCAAGAUGGUGCUCGAAAGUACCAUGGUCUGUGUGGAUAACAGUGAGUACAUGAGGAACGGCGAUUUCCUGCCCACCCGAUUGCAGGCCCAGCAAGAUGCUGUCAACAUCGUCUGCCACUCAAAAACGCGCAGCAACCCCGAGAACAAUGUGGGUCUCAUCACUAUGGCCAAUAACUGUGAGGUCCUGACGACUCUGACGCCUGACACUGGCAGAAUCCUCUCCAAACUACAUGCCGUUCAGCCUCGCGGCAAAAUCAGCUUCUGCACCGGCAUCCGUGUUGCACACUUGGCGCUGAAACACAGACAGGGGAAGAACCAUAAGAUGAGGAUCAUUGCCUUUGUAGGCAGCCCGGUGGAGGACAAUGAGAAAGAUCUGGUGAAACUGGCAAAGCGCUUAAAGAAAGAGAAGGUCAACGUGGAUGUGAUUAACUUUGGAGAAGAGGAGGUAAACACAGAGAAGCUAACCGCAUUUGUAAACACUCUGAAUGGGAAGGAGGGCACAGGUUCUCACCUGGUCACAGUGCCGCCAGGCCCCAGUCUGGCCGACGCUCUGCUCUCCUCGCCCAUCCUUGCAGGAGAAGGUGGAACCAUGAUGGGGCUGGGCGCCAGCGACUUCGAGUUUGGGGUGGAUCCCAGUGCCGACCCCGAGCUCGCACUGGCCCUUCGUGUGUCCAUGGAGGAGCAGAGGCAGAGGCAGGAGGAGGAAGCUCGCAGAGCAGCUGCGCAGUCGGCAGCCGAGGCAGGCAUCCCGACCCCUACUGCUGAUGAGUCAGAGGAGGCCUUGUUGAAGAUGGCAGUGUCCCAGCCUGAGUCGGGUGUGACUUCACUGCCAGACUUCAGCAGCAUGACGGAGGAUGAGCAGAUUGCCUACGCCAUGCAGAUGUCUCUGGCCGGGGGAGAGUUUGGAGAAUCAAUGGAUACUGGAGCUCCUAUGGACACUGCAGAAUCUGCUAAGGAGGAGGAUGAUUAUGAUGUAAUGCAGGACCCUGAGUUCCUCCAGAGCGUGCUGGAGAACCUGCCUGGCGUUGACCCCAACAACGAGGCUAUCCGCAACGCCAUGGGCUCUCUGGCCUCCCAGACUGGGACAAAACCUCCAGAGGGCAAGAAAGACGACGAGAAGAAGAAAUGAGAGCAGGACGCUUUACAGAGACAGAAAGACAGACACCACCUGACCUAAGAAGACAAGAGCCCUUGGAAUGCACCGAACUCUCACAAACGACCGAUAGAUCAGCCACCGAACUCUCACAAACGACCGAUAGAUCAGCCACCUAACUCACAGACGACCGAUAGAUCAGCCACCUAACUCACAGAAGACGUAGAAUUAAAAAAAAAAGAAGAAGAAGAAGAAGAAAAAUGAGGCCAAUGUAGACAGACGGAGAAACGGGACAACUUUGUGUACAAUGAGAGAACCGGACCUCAGUGACUGUAAUAUCUUUCAGAUUGGAUCACACUGACCAGACACGACUAAUACAGGGACAACGAGAGGCAAAAACAGUUGUUUCAUUAAAAGGUUGUUUGCUUCUUCUUCUUCUUCUUCUUCUUCCCCUUCAUCUGUUUCCAUCUGAAGCUGAAGAGAUGUUUAACAGACCCGUACAAAACUUGUCAACUUAACUGUUGUUUUCGUUUUAUUCUGUUUUUUUUUUUUUCUAUUGCUAUUAAAAGAGG